UAAUCCAUCAUGGCGGCCGUGGGGGUCGGUGUCUUUCCCUGAGCAGAGCCGGAGCCAGAGCCGGUUCCCCGGUUCUGCAGCUGAGGAGCCCUUCCGUUGUCCGCGGCCCCAACCGGCGGGGGCAGGCUGGGUCCCUCGGCGGAGCUCGGGGGAUGUGACUGGCGACGGUGGUGGCAACGUCUAGGGCCGGGGGAGGGGGUGUCUCGGCCAGAGACCCCCCGGGCUCGGGGCAGCUGAGGCGGCCGGCUCUCCUCCCCCUGCGCCCGCCUUCCACCUUCGGGGCCGCGAGAGCCUUUCGUCCCUUACUGCACGGUCCUGGCUCUGGGACGCUGGGGGUGGUCUCUGUUUCUUCCAGACCUGGGACACCCCCCUUUCCUGAGGCGUGGAGAAGCAUCGCCCCCCGAGUAAGCCGCCCGCGCCCCGCCCUGGCUGCCUUCCUCUUUGCCUGGAACUACUCCUUCCUCCGGAUCCCGGCCCCAAGUUUGGUCACCGAGCACUCCAUUCAAAUCCCUUCGGUGCUGUCAGGCGGCCUCCCCUUCAACCCAGGUUGCUCUCGCGUAGCCUCUAAUGCCCUGACUUUUUCCAAUGUCACCUACAGCACCCUUAGUCUCAACUCAGCCAGAAACUUUAAUGCAAAGGGAAAGUCUGGAUUGGUUUCACAGGCCUUUUAAAAAGCGGACUUAAAAGUUGCUGGCAAUGCAUUCCUUUUUGUCAGAGUCGAGGGCAAGCUCUCGCUGAAAUCUGGGUGACCUGUGUCCUUUUCCGGAGAGCGGACUAGAGAAGCGAGAGCCGCAGCCAGUUCAGCAGGAAAUUUGUUGGAAGAUGAAGAAACUAAGCUAGGGGGGUUGGUGACUUCCACAGGAAAAGUUCUGGAGGAGCAUCCAAAGACGGUCAACGUUUCUUUUUUGUGUGGGAAUCAAAAUGGAUUUAGUAUUGUGGACUGUUUGCCGCAUCCCUCUGAAUAUUUAGGUUUAGGUUUUUUCUUGAAAAGAAAUUAUUAUUCAGCCAGGAAAAUAUACUUUAAAUCAAGAAACUUUUGGGUAGCAUUGCAAUUAUAUUACUUAGAGUUGAUAAACUGGGAAAAUAAUUGGAACUCCUGUUUACAUGUGUCAACUUAAAAAAAAAAACAAACUGCUUCCUUUUGUUACGGAAAAUCUCUUUUUGUGUUUGACCUCAAUUACUGACUUGUGGAGAUGAAGUGAAUGUGAAACCCCACUAGAUACCAUUUUUCUUCGAAGCUAACUGACCGUUCUGGAAUAUCUUGAAUCCUCUUCUGGAAAGGGGUUCCUAUUAUUACUUUAUGGGGCAGCAGCCUGGAAAAGUUCUUGGGGACCAAAGAAGGCCAAGUUUGCCUGCCCUGCACUUUAUCAAAGGAGCAGGGAAGAAGGAAUCAUCAAGGCAUGGGGGUCCACACUGCAACGUGUUUGUGGAACAUGAAGCCCUUCAGAGGCCAGUAGCAUCUGACUUUGAGCCUCAAGGUCUGAGUGAAGCUGCUCGUUGGAACUCCAAGGAAAACCUUCUUGCUGGGCCCAGUGAAAAUGACCCCAACCUUUUUGUUGCACUGUAUGACUUUGUGGCCAGUGGGGACAACACUCUAAGCAUAACUAAAGGUGAAAAGCUCCGUGUUCUAGGCUACAAUCACAAUGGGGAAUGGUGCGAAGCCCAAACCAAAAAUGGCCAGGGCUGGGUCCCAAGCAACUACAUCACACCAGUCAACAGCCUCGAGAAGCACUCCUGGUACCACGGGCCGGUGUCCCGGAACGCUGCCGAGUAUCUGCUGAGCAGCGGGAUCAAUGGCAGUUUCUUGGUGCGGGAGAGUGAGAGCAGUCCCGGCCAGAGGUCCAUCUCGCUGAGAUAUGAGGGGAGAGUAUAUCACUACAGGAUCAACACUGCUUCUGACGGCAAGCUCUACGUCUCCUCAGAGAGCCGCUUCAACACUCUGGCUGAGUUGGUUCAUCACCACUCGACUGUGGCUGACGGGCUCAUCACCACUCUCCACUACCCAGCCCCCAAGCGCAACAAGCCCACGGUCUAUGGCGUGUCCCCCAACUACGACAAGUGGGAGAUGGAGCGCACAGACAUCACCAUGAAGCACAAGCUGGGCGGAGGCCAGUACGGGGAAGUGUACGAGGGCGUGUGGAAGAAGUACAGCCUGACGGUGGCCGUGAAGACCUUGAAGGAAGACACCAUGGAGGUAGAAGAGUUCUUGAAGGAAGCUGCAGUGAUGAAAGAGAUCAAGCACCCAAACUUAGUGCAGCUGCUCGGGGUCUGCACACGGGAGCCCCCAUUCUAUAUAAUCACCGAGUUCAUGACCUAUGGGAACCUGCUGGACUAUCUGAGAGAGUGUAAUCGGCAGGAGGUGAACGCGGUGGUGCUGCUGUACAUGGCAACUCAGAUCUCGUCAGCUAUGGAGUACCUGGAGAAGAAGAACUUCAUCCACAGAGAUCUUGCUGCCCGAAACUGCCUGGUAGGUGAGAACCACUUGGUGAAAGUGGCUGAUUUUGGUCUGAGCAGGCUAAUGACAGGGGACACUUACACAGCCCACGCCGGAGCCAAGUUCCCGAUCAAAUGGACGGCGCCUGAAAGCCUGGCCUACAACAAGUUCUCCAUCAAGUCUGAUGUCUGGGCAUUUGGAGUAUUGCUUUGGGAAAUUGCUACCUAUGGCAUGUCACCAUACCCAGGAAUUGACCUAUCCCAGGUUUAUGAGCUGCUGGAGAAAGAUUACCGCAUGGAGCGCCCAGAAGGCUGUCCAGAGAAGGUCUAUGAACUCAUGCGAGCAUGUUGGCAGUGGAACCCCUCUGACCGACCCUCCUUUGCUGAAAUCCACCAAGCCUUUGAAACAAUGUUCCAGGAGUCCAGUAUCUCAGAUGAAGUGGAAAAGGAGCUGGGGAAACAAGGUGUCCGAGGGGCCACCAGCACCUUGCUUCAGGCCCCAGAGCUGCCCACCAAGACCAGGACCUCCAGGAGAGCUGCUGAGCCCAAAGAUGCCACCGACAUGCCUGAGGCUCCUCAUUGCAAGGUCCAGGGAGAGAGUGAUCCUCUGGACCACGAACCUGCUGUAUCUCCACUGCUCCCUCGAAAAGAGCGAGGUCCCCCGGAUGGUGGCCUGAACGAAGAUGAGCGUCUUCUCCCCAAAGACAAGAAGACAAACUUAUUUAGCGCCUUGAUCAAGAAGAAGAAGAAAACAGCCCCAACCCCUCCCAAACGCAGCAGCUCCUUCCGUGAGAUGGAUGGCCCGGCAGAGCGCAGGGGGGCUGGCGAGGAAGAGUGCCGGGAAAUCAGCAAUGGGGCACUAACUUCCACCCCCUUAGAUGCAGCAGAGCCAGCCAAGUCCCCAAAGCCCAGCAAUGGAGCUGGUGUCCCCAAUGGAGCCCUCCGGGAAUCAGGAGCCACAGGCUUCCGGUCUCCCCACCUGUGGAAAAAGUCAAGCACGCUGACUAGCAGCCGCCUCACUGCUGGCGAGGAGGAGGGCAGCAGCAGCUCCAGCAAGCGCUUCCUGCGGUCCUGCUCUGCCUCUUGCGUGCCCCAUGGAGCCAAGGACACAGAGUGGAGGUCGGUCACACUGCCUCGGGACUUGCAGUCCACUGGAAGACAGUUUGACUCAUCCACGUUUGGAGGGCACAAAAGUGAAAAGCCAGCUCUGCCUCGGAAGCGGGCUAGUGAGAACAGGCCUGACCAGGUGACCAGGGGCACUGUGACUCCCCCGCCCAGGCUGGUGAAAAAGAACGAGGAAGCUGCUGAUGAGGUCUUCAAAGACACCAUGGAGUCUAGCCCGGGCUCCAGUCCCCCCAGUCUGACUCCAAAACUCCUCCGUCGGCAGGUCAUGGUGGCUCCUUCCUCAGGCAUCUCCCACAAGGAAGAUGUGGGGAAGGGGAGCGUCUUAGGAACCCCAGUUGCAGCUGAGCCCGUGCCCCCCACUAGCAGAGCAGGCUCAGCCAUACCCGCAGGCACCAGCAAGGCCCCGGCAGAGGAGUCCAAAGCACGGAGGCACAAGCACUCCUCGGAGUCUCCUGGGAGAGACAGGGGGAAACUGUCCAAGUUCAAACCUGCCCCCCCACCCCCUCCAGGCUCUGCAGGGAAGGCUGGGAAGCCCUCACAGAGCCCAAGCCAGGAGGCAGCCGGGGAGCUAGGCACCAGCACAAAAACAAGAUCCAUGAAUCUGGCUGUUGAUUCUGUGAACAGUGAUGCCACCAAACCCAGCCAGUUAGGAGAGGGCCUCAAAAAGCCUGUGCUCCCGUCCAUACCAAAGCCACAGUCGUCCACCAAGCCAUUGGGGACCCCCACCAGCCCAGCCCCUACUUCCUCCACGUUGCCAUCAGCAUCUUCAGCCUUGGCUGGGGACCAGCCAUCUUCUACCGCCUUCAUCCCUCUCAUAUCAACCCGCGUGUCUCUUCGGAAAACUCGACAGCCUCCGGAACGGAUUGCCAGUGGCACCAUCACCAAGGGUGUGGUUCUGGACAGCACUGAGGCCCUGUGCCUCGCCAUCUCUAGGAACUCUGAGCAGAUGGCCAGCCAUAGUGCGGUGCUAGAAGCCGGCAAAAACCUCUACACAUUCUGCGUGAGCUACGUGGAUUCCAUCCAGCAGAUGAGGAACAAGUUUGCCUUCCGAGAGGCCAUCAACAAACUGGAGAACAACCUCCGGGAACUUCAGAUCUGCCCCGCGACGGCAGGCAGUGGCCCAGCAGCCACUCAGGACUUCAGCAAGCUCCUCAGUUCUGUAAAGGAGAUCAGUGACAUCGUGCAGAGGUAGCAGAUGCCAGCAGUCAAGAAGCCGGAGCUGCCUGCAGCACAAGGGGGGCCCGUCAUGCCCGUGACAGUGGUUGACAGGGGACCAGUGAGCCAGCACCUUGGGCCAGGAGCUCUGCACCAGGCACAGUCAAGGGCCCCCGUGGAGUCCAGCCCUACUACCUAUGUGUGCCCCAGCUGUCUCCCUACACUGCCCUCCCUAGCCUGGGCUCCCUGAGCCACCUUUGUCCUCGUGUUUUAUCUGUGGAGUCCCUGCUCUGUGGACUGCAGUGGGUAUACCCUGGCCCAUCAGGCUGGUUCCCACCAAGUGCUUCAGACUGAGCUUUCCAGCUCAGGUGGGAACAGUCACUAAGGAGUGCCCUUUUCAUUUUUCUCUCUGGAGACCCUCCUCUGGUGGUGCCUUCUUUCAUUUGUCCCCCUUGCCCCAAACAGAAGCCUGAACCAAGUCCAUGGCCUUGUCCCUCCCCCAUACUCCCCGCUCCUUUACCUCCUGCUUUGAAGAUAUGUUUCAAGAACCACAUUAUAGGAGGGGUAUGCAUGGCCAGUGCUUCCAGCUGGUCCCUCUGCCCUCCUCUGCUCCACAGGGCUGGGCACACUUACCUUCCCUUGUGUACAGGACAGCUCUUGAUUCGGGUGGGAAACAGGGUGCUAAUACCAACCAGCCUUUGUGUCCUGGACAGCUGGAAGCUAUCAUCUGUCCUGUCCGAGUCCCUGGACCCCAUCCUUACUGUUUUUGACAUGCUCUGCCAGGUCCUGGCGAAAAAGCUUAAGUCUUAAGGGUGGCAGGUCAUUGUUACUGCUGACCCCCCAGCAGAACAGGCCUGGGCAGGGAGGCAGUGGCUGGCUGGGUAAACAGCUGGUGCCAGGCUAGCCCUGGACUGGGCCUAGGCAGAUCUGGUGACCCAGGUUAAGACUUCCUUUCUCACAUCCUGGUGACCCAUUACCUUCCCUCCCUGGCCCUUUUCUCUGUGAUAAGACAGUCUCCAAUUUUCUGGAGUUCUUGAAGCAUUUCAAAGCUCUACCCUCUGCAAAGCCAUUUGGAUACGAAAAGGAGCUGCCACAGGGCACCAGCAGACAGGCUGGAGGCAGAAGAGGACUGUUGGCACCAAAAGCCUGACCAGUGUUAGCUGUGCUCUUGAAUUGGGGAAAUGUCUUUUAUUUAAUUACCAUGAGCAACACUUGGCUUCAUGUCUCUGUGGGGCCAUCAGGGAGUGUUAAGAAAACCACAGAUGAAGCCCCACAAAGUAUUUUCAAAGAGCAAGCCCUGGUGUCUUUUCCUCCGGGUUGCUCAGGACCCAAGCUGAGGGACAGAGACCUUGACCUUUGGGGACCUCAGGUGUCCUGGACUUUGGCCUAGAGCAGCUAACUCGAGGAGGAGGGACCUCACUUGGGCCCAGGGUAAACCACCUUCGCACUCCCUGGGCCUCUCAGACCUGUAACCUCACAGGCCCUGUUUUUACACUGAUCACCUAAAACUUGUUUUGUUUUUCUAGUAGAAAAGGUUUCCUCUGGAUCGUUUUAUUAUGCGGUUCUCACAGCAAAUCACCUCUUUGCCCCCCAAAUGGCUGUGUUAUGCAGCCUGAGGGAGGUGCUGACACCAACAGCGGCCUUGCAGACAAAGCAAACUGACCACCCAGUAUCCCUGACUGCCUGUUUCCACGAGGUACUGGGCUCUUUGUUAACAUGAUGUGCCACUAUAUUUUACAUUUAUACCUUGGUAUUACACUCUUUUAUAGACUUGCUCUUUUAUAAAUGACAUGUAAAUAGUUUUCCACUCUCCUCCCUUCUGGAAUGCCUAUGGGGUCCCUCCAUUUUUUUUCUGGGUCCAGUACAUUUUGUUUCUGUAUAUGACUCCUUGUGUUUUUGAAUCCAAAUUUUUCCUCUGUAGUAUUUUUUAAAUAAAUCAGUGUUUACAAUUUUAGAA